AAAUAAAAAAGUCUCCUGCUACAUCUACAGAUGGAAGCGUGCGCGCUCGCUCGUGAUGACGUAGAUCGCAUAUUCGUAUCCGAGUUGAACCGGUCAAGAUGGCGGAGUAUCUUGCAUCCAUUUUUGGUACAGAAAAAGACAAGGUCAACUGCUCCUUUUAUUUCAAAAUUGGAGCUUGUCGUCAUGGAGAUCGCUGUUCUAGAUUGCACAAUAAACCAACUUUCAGUCAGACCAUCUUGAUUCAAAACAUUUACCGUAACCCCCAAAACAGUGCACAGACAGCCGACGCUUCUCGCUGUGCUGUUAGUGAUGUGGAGAUGCAGGAACAUUAUGACGAGUUUUUCGAGGAAGUCUUCACCGAAAUGGAGGAGAAAUAUGGAGAGGUUGAGGAGAUGAACGUGUGCGAUAACCUUGGCGAUCAUUUGGUCGGAAACGUUUACGUGAAGUUUCGGAGGGAAGAGGAUGCUGAGAAGGCUGUAUUAGACUUAAACAAUCGCUGGUUUAAUGGCCAACCAAUACACGCUGAGCUCUCACCCGUUACAGACUUUAGAGAAGCCUGCUGUAGGCAGUAUGAGAUGGGAGAGUGCACUAGAGGCGGUUUCUGUAAUUUCAUGCACUUGAAACCCAUUUCUCGAGAGCUGAGAAGAGAGCUUUAUGGGCGUCGUAGAAAAAGACGUCGCUCUCGGUCAGGAUGUCGCGAGAGACGCUCUCGCUCUCGGGACCGCAGCCGUGGAGGUCGAGAACGCGAGAGGAGAAGAUCAAGAGAUCGUGAACGUUCUGGAAGAUUUUGAGCCAUGACACAGUUUUGCUGCCCAUGCGUUGUUGCUUAGUGUCAUCAAACAAUGAAAUGACAUCGUUACUUACUUGUUUAUUUAAGUGUACAGUUUUUUGUUUUUCAAUAAAAGUGCAUUUUUAUA